AUGGGGUCUGUUCGACACACUGACAAUCUCGUCUUUGACGAUAACUACCAUCUCAAGUUUGGUCCAGGCGAUCCCGACAACCCAUAUAACUAUUCGUUCUCACGGAAAUGCUACAUCACUGCCAUCGCCAUUUCUCUCGUCAUGAAUGCAACUUUUGCCUCCUCGGCGCCCUCUGGGUCUUUCCAGGGCAUCAGCGACGACCUCAAUGUCUCGGUGGAGGUGAUCGGCUUAGUUACCACUCUCUUCCUUCUAGGCUACUGCGCCGGUCCGCUCUUCUGGGCCCCCUUAUCAGAGUUCUACGGCCGUCGCAACAUCUUUUGUAUUUCUUUCACCCUUUACUUUGCAUUCGGCUUUCUCUGCGCCUUUACUCCUACAUUUGCGGGGCUUCUGGUCGGCCGCUUCCUCACUGGAACAGCAGCCAGUGCCGCGCUGACGAAUGCGCCUGGCGUUCUCGCUGAUAUAUGGAAUCCCGUACAGCGUGGCAACGCAAUGAUCCUCUUUGCUACAAUGACUUUUGUCGGCCCUGCACUUGGCCCAAUAGUUAGCGGAUUCCUGCAACUGACCAAAACCUGGCGAUGGACGUUCUACGUGUUGAUUUGGAUGGCUGCCCCCACAAUAUUGCUACUCUAUACCAUCCCUGAGACGCUUCCCGCGAUGGCUCUGCGCGGAAAGGCUCGGCUUCUACGGAAGACGACUCGUAGAGAAGAUAUAAAGGCACCUGUCGAGAGCAUAGAUCGCUCGCUGGCUGCCAUCUUCAGGCGCGAUCUCACUAGGCCUUGGAGAUUGCUACUGGACCCAAUUAGCUUCUUCGUCGCGGUCUACUACUCAAUUGUCUAUACGCUACUCUACAUGCUCUUUAGCAUAUAUCCUAUUGUGUUCCAGCAAAAGCGCGGGUGGAACGCUGGUGAUGGCGAAUUGCCAUUGCUGGGCGUAGUGAUCGGGGCCUGCCUCGGCGGCAUCGCCCUAUUCAUUCAUAGCACGCGAAUUCAACGCGGUGGCUGUGAUCAGAAGAAGACGUCCCAUGUCCCAGAGGAUCGCCUACCUGGCGCCAUAGUCGGUGGUAUCAUGUUUGUUGUGACAAUAUUCUGGUUUGGUUGGACGGCAGAGUACAACUCUGAACACUGGGCUGUGCCAACAGUGGCGGGCACUUUUCUCGCCAUGUCCAUCCUCCUCAUCUUUGUCGUCUUUAUCAACUACAUUGUUGACACAUACACAGCAUAUGCUGCGUCUGCGCUGGCGGCAAACACGGUCUUGCGUUCCGCCUGUGCGGCUGCGUCUCCAUUGUUCACAGACUACAUGUUUAAUGCACUUGGUGUGGGCGGUGCUGCGUCACUUAUCGGGGCUGUUGGUGUAUUACUGAUGCCGAUGCCGUUUAUAUUCUACAGAUACGGCGCCGCUAUACGAUCGAAGUCGAAGUUUGCCGUCAAGGACGAACCGUCACGACCUUCUGUACCUUUGGACCUGGUACUUGAACGUGGAGUCGGCGGAUGA